AUGCGGCAGACAUGGCGCUGGUUCGGGCCGGUCGACAAGGUCACGCUCGCCGAUGCGCGGCAGGCCGGCGCCGAAGGUAUCGUCACGGCGCUGCAUCAUAUCGCGCCGGGCGCGAUCUGGCCGGUUGCCGAGAUCGAACAGCGGCAGCGCGAGGUGGCCGCGCAUCCGGACGGCCCGCCCACCGGGCUCGCCUGGGAGGUGGUCGAGAGCCUGCCGGUCUCCGAGGCGAUCAAGACGCAGAGCGGCGACUGGCGCGGCGAUCUGGACCGCUAUGCCGAGAGCAUUGCCAAUCUGGCGGCAUGCGGCAUCCGCACCGUCUGCUACAAUUUCAUGCCGGUGCUCGACUGGACCCGCACCGAUCUGCGCGCUCCGACCGCGGCGGGCGGGGCCGCGAUGGUGUUCGAUCUGAUCGAUUUCUCCGCAUUCGACAUGCACAUUCUGCGUCGGGUCGGCGCGCGCGACGAUUACCCUCGCGCCGUGAUCGACGCGGCGGCGGAGCGCUUCACGGCGAUGAGCGGCGACCGCAAGGCCGAACUGGCCGCCAACGUGACCGCCGGGCUGCCCGGCGCGGCCGAGCAUUGGACGCUGGACGAUGUGCGCGCGAAACUCGCCGAUUAUCGCGGCAUCGAUGCCGGCCGGCUGCGCCGUCACCAUGUCGAUUUCCUCGAGGCGAUGGCGCCUGUCGCCGAGACCCAGGGCGUACGGCUUUGCUGCCACCCCGACGAUCCGCCAUGGCCGUUGCUCGGUCUGCCGCGUGUCUGGUCGACGGCGGACGAUGUGCGCCACGUCUUCGAUGCCGUGCCGAGCCCGGCCAUCGGGCUGACGCUGUGCACCGGUUCGUUCGGCGCGCGGGCCGACAACGAUCUCGCCGCCAUUGUGCGCGAAUUCGGCCCCCGCAUCCAUUUCGUCCAUCUGCGCAACGUGACGCGGGAAGCGGACGCGGUGCCGUGCAGUUUCGCCGAAGACGAGCAUCUGGCCGGACAGACCGACAUGGUCGCGGUGAUCGGUGCGCUUCUGGAAGAGGAGCGGCGGCGCAAGGCCGAGGGCAGGGCCGAUUGGGAGAUUCCGAUGCGCCCGGACCACGGCCACGAGAUCCUCGACGAUGCGGCGCGCGGCAGCCAGCCCGGCUAUCCGGCGAUCGGCCGCUUGAAGGGCCUGGCCGAACUGCGCGGCAUCAUGACGGCGCUGGAGGCGAACCAUGCCGCGGCCUGA